UAAAUAGGAGAAAAAAGGACCAAGCAUACAUUUCCCAUCAUUCAUUCAGACCGGAAACAGGAAGCGUAAAAAGCCGGAAGCCGUCAGACAUUUGACAUGGCAACCGGAGCAGAUCAAGCUGUGGGUUUGGGCCUCGUCGGCUUCAGUCUCUUACUGUUCACGUACUACACCGUAUGGGUUAUAGUCUUGCCAUUUGUCGACCAGAAUCACGUGAUCCACGGUUAUUUUCUUCCUCGAGAGUAUUCUGUCAUUCUUCCUGGCAUAGCAGCAUUGAUACUCUUACUCUGCGUUGGUACCUUCAUCGGAAUAAUAACAUGGAAGAAUCGUAAACCAAAGAAAGUCGACUAGGACUCAUCAGCCGCUGUCAUUCAGCUGCCUCAAAAAGAAGGAUGUGAUGAUAACUGGGUACCAGUUCCUGUGCUAAAGUCUCUUUAAUAUUAAACUGUUCUCUAAAGCUUCCUGGCUUUUCAUGUAGCAUAGAGGAAAUGACCAAUGAGUGUAAAGGAGCCUAUUAUAGACCACAAACAUUAAAAAUGUUUACUCAUUACUGUGUAUGUGGAAAUUUCAUUCCACUCCAAAUGGAAAUUACUCCAUCUGCCUUUAAACUGUGCACAAUUUUUAAAAUGUUCAGUAACCACUAAAACAUUACUGUUAAUGCAUUUUUGCCAGCCUGUUAGAUUGUAAAUAUACGAAAAUGUGUGCUAGUAAAAUAUAAAAAGGUACAACAUGCUCAGUACUGAUUGAUGUUAAUAAGACAGGGCACACAGCGUUUUUUGUACACACUGUAAUAAAUAAUUAUUACAUAAA